ACGACCAGUUCCUCCGGAAUUUUCUUACAUCAACAAGUGGCGUUGGAACUCGGACGUAAACAUGUGGUUCGAUAUACUGUUCACGUACCUGUGCGCGAGUGUGAUAAUGCUGUUUUUGUACUUUCAAUGGACCCGAAGGAAGAUGUAUGCCAAGCUGGCUAGCAUGUCUGGCCCUACCAAACUGCCGCUGAUAGGGCAUGCUCAUAAAUUUUACAGUACGAAACCAGAGGCAAUCGCGGAUACGCUCAAGUAUUUCGGUGGUUUCCCUUCACCAGUGUGUAUCCACAUGGGACCGCUGCCGCACAUUGCCAUUUUCGAUCCCGAACAGCUGCAGGUGGUCCUGCAUUCUCAGAACUGUCUAGAGAAGUCGGUGCAAUACACAUUCAUGCGGGUUUUCGGAACCCUGAUAAGUGCCCCAGUUCACAUGUGGAAAGGGCAAAGAAAAGCCCUGAAUCCUUCAUUGGGACCAGCUAUACUCAGCACUUUCAUACCGGUAUUCAACAAGAAAAGUGCCACCUUGGUAAAGUUACUUGAGCAGCACGUGGGAAAACCAGAACGAGACUUCACCAAAGACAUUUGCAAGUGUACUUUGGAUCAAAUCUACGUAACUGCUUUCGGAUGUGACUUCAACAUGCAAGAAUCGUCAGAUGGAGAAUGUUCCGUAGAACUCAUGGACAAAUUCAUGAAGCUGUUGGCAGCCAGGUUCUUUACCGUGUGGAAAUACCCGGAAUUCAUAUACCGUAUGACUGAAUCCUACCGGAAGGAAACAUCAAUUCGUAAAUUUUAUCACGACAAUAUAACAGUGAAAUUGGUGCGGAAAGUUCAUGAUGAUGAAAAAUUGGCUAAAUCCAUCGAGCAGAACCUUUCAAACGAAGAUGUCGGUACCAAAAAACCGCAGAAUUUCAUUGAGUGCCUUUUGAGGUACAUGCGUAACAAUGGCAUAGAUUCCAAGAAAGAAGUGUACCCACACGUUGAUAUGACUCUUUUUGCGGGAAAUGAUACAACAGCAAAGACGAUUAGUUCCAUUUUGCUGCUGAUAGCAAUGCACCCAGAUGCGCAAGAACGAUGCUACCAGGAGAUUAUGGAAGUCUGUCCGGGGGAAGAUCAAUAUGUCUCCGCCGAAGAUAUCGCAAACCUUACGUACCUUGACAUGGUCUGUAAAGAAACUAUGCGGCUGUAUCCCGUUGUUCCUAUAAUGGCACGAGUGACGACGGGAGACGUCAAACUUAGCGAUCAACAUACCAUCCCACCCAACUGUACCAUAAUAAUAGGAACCUAUCAGAUACACCGGAACCCAAGGAUAUGGGGACCAAACGCAGACUUGUUUGACCCGGAUAAUUUCCUCCCGGACAAUUCAGCCAAACGACAUCCGUAUUCCUUUAUUCCAUUCAGCGGAGGACCUCGGAAUUGUAUGGGAAUGCGCUAUGCGUGGCUUUCCUUGAAGAUAACGAUCGUGUACAUGUUGAGGAAAUAUCGCCUAAAAACAUCGAUCACACCUGAUGAGGUGAGGAUCUCGUACGGAGUCAUGUUGAACAUUGCAAACGGUUGCAUGUUGACGUUGGAAAUCACCAACAUGUGGUGGUGGGAUGCAUUGGUCACGUACCUGUGCGCGAGUGUGAUCAUGGCGGUUUUGUACUUUCAAUGGACCCGAAGGAAGAUGUAUGCCAAACUGGCUAGCAUGUCCGGUCCCACCAAGCUGCCACUGAUAGGGCAUGCUCACAAGUUUUACAAGGCGACACCAAGGGCGAUCGCAGGAACGCUCAAGUACUUCAGUGAGUUCCCCUCGCCGGUGUGCAUCUACAUGGGACCCCUGCCGCAUGUAGCCAUUUUCGAUCCCGAACAGCUGCAGGUGGUUCUGCAUUCUCAGAACUGCCUUGACAAAUCCGUCCAAUACUCAUUUUUGCGAGUUUCCGAAACAUUGAUAAGUGCACCUGCUCACCUGUGGAAAGGUCAGAGAAAGGCUCUGAACCCUUCGUUUGGACCUGCCAUUCUCAGUAGUUUUGCAGACAUCUUCAACAAGAAAUGCGUCAUGCUGACGGAGCGACUGGGGCAGUACGUUGGAAAACCAGAACGUAACUUCUAUCGAGACAUUUCCAAGUGUACUCUGGACCAAAUCUAUGCGACCGCAUUUGGAUGCGAUUUCAACAUGCAACAAUCACUAGAUGGAGAACGCUCAUUGGAUCUGCAGGAAGCAUACAUGAAGCUCAUGGCAGCUAGAUUUUUUACAGUGUGGAAGUAUCCGGAAUUCAUCUAUCGUAUGACUAAAUCAUACAAAAAAGAAUUAGAGCUCCGUAAAAUAUAUCAUGACAGUAUUACGGGAAAGAUGGUGCAGCAAUUAUGCGUUGAAGAAAAUCUACGCAGCUCAGACGAGCAGAAGCCUACAAACGAAGAUACUGGCACCAGAAAACCUCAAAACUUUAUCGAAUGCCUUAUAAAGUAUUUACGUGUGGGUGGUCAAGCUUCCAAGGAUAAGUAUCCCGUGCGUGUGGGAACUCAAUCGUCCAAAGAAGACGUGUUUCCACACGUUGAUAUGACCAUAUUUGCGGGUAAUGAUACAUCAGCAAAGACCAUUUGUUCCAUUUUGCUCAUGUUGGCAAUACAUCCGGAAGUGCAAGAACGUUGCUAUCAGGAACUCAUGGAAGUCUGUCCGGAGGAGGAUCAACCUAUUUCAUACAAAGAUGCCGCAAACCUAACGUACCUGGAAAUGGUGUGCAAAGAGACUAUGAGACUGCUCCCGGCCGUCCCCAUAAUGGCCCGAGUAACGUCCGGUGACAUAAAACUUAACGAUCGACACACCAUCCCGGCCAAUUGCACCAUAAUUAUGGGCAUCUUUCAAAUACACCGGGAUCCGAAAAUAUGGGGACCAAACGCGGACAAUUUUGAUCCGGAUAAUUUUCUACCGGACAACGUUGCCAAACGGCAUCCUUAUUCGUACAUUCCAUUCAGUGCAGGACCGCGGAACUGCGUUGGAAUGCGCUAUGCCUAUCUCUCCUCGAAAAUCAUGGUCGCACACAUGUUGAGAAAGUAUCGGCUGAAAACAUCGCUCACAAUGAGCCAGCUGAGGAUCCGGUGCGGGUUGCUGCUGCAUAUAUCCAACGGCUGUCAAAUGGCGCUUGAGAAACGGGAAGGCUGGUGA